GGCAGCAUUGGCAAGAAGAUCGAGCCAUCUUAUUUUUGGCAUCUUUCUUCCGCAGAAAAUUGCACAGCCGAUUGUGAGUUUGCAUUCAUUUCGAGGUUAUUUCUGGAAAAUUGAACAAAAUGGGAACUCGAAAGAAGGCUCCAUUCACCGCUGGACAGUUCGUGUUCGGAAAAGUAAGAGGAUUUCGCGCAUGGCCAGGCCGACUUAUUAAUGAGCUUGGCAGUGCAUACAAUGUCUAUUUCUACGGCACGUGCGACUAUGCAAAGGUGCCAAAGAAUAAAAUUUUUGACUUUGCAAAGACUUGUAAGCGGUACGGAAAAGUGCACGAUCGGAACUCCAAGGUCUGCCGAUCGUUCCAAGAAGCAAUGUCGCAAAUACAGAAGGCUGUGUCCCAGCCCAGCUUGGAUUUUGGCUACUUUACUAUGGUGGCUCACCUAGAGCAAAACUGUGGAGAGUCGGACUCCGACUCGGACUCGGACUCGGGUACUUUGGAUUUGAGCGGCGCCGAACUUAAGGGGAAACUUGUACCCUUUCGUCACAUAGUCGCCGACAGCGACACGGACACAGAAAUGUCUUCAGAACCAAAGAAAACUCCAAAUUCACAAUAAUAAUUCCUAUUUUUCUGUGUGAAGUAAUUUUAACCUCAAAUUUUUUCAACGAAUAUGUAUGGUUAUCAAAUAAGAAACCUUUGAAUAAAUAACACCUAUGUAACUCCAA